UCGGGCGGAUACUGGGGAGCGGGUUAUGGGCGUCGAAACUGGACGCACGUUCGCCACGUCUAUUAACGCCAGCUUUCAUAACAUGACUAUCGUUCCCGAGCACUGGUCUAUGGCCGAGGCGGCUACUAUCAUAAACGCCUAUGCCACCCUGUAUUACGCCCUUAUUCAGCGAGCUAAUUUGAAACAAGGUGAGAGUAUAUUAAUUCAUUCAGCGGCGGGUGGUGUGGGACAGGCUGCUAUAAACAUGUGUCGACACUACGGGUGCGAUAUCUACGUAACAGUGGGUACCGUCGAAAAGCGACGGUUCCUCAUCAACGAGUACAACCUACCGGAGGCUCGUAUACUGAACUCGCGGGACAUACUAUUCAAACACCAAGUCAUGCGCCUAACGGAGGGCCGUGGGGUUGACAUUGUCCUCAACUCCUUGGCCGGUGAGAAACUGGAUAUCAGCUACCAGUGCGUCGCCAAAAGGGGUCGUAUCGUCGAGAUCGGCAAAUACGAUAUGUUUCACAACCGGCCGGUCGGUAUGUACGACCUGUUAAGGGACAUACAGCUUAUAGGCGUCGCCCUCGAUAUUGUGCUUAUGGAGGACAUGGAGUUUUUCGGCCAAUUCGCCCAAUGGAUGCAUAAUAACUGCGCGAAUGGUUGCGUUAAACCCAUUAACUACACGCUAUUCCCGGCUACCGACGCGGACAAGGCGUUUCGAUAUAUGACUACCGGUAAACACAUUGGGAAAGUGGUGAUUAACAUCAGGGAUACAGAGCAGCCAUUGAUACCGGCGCCCAGUAUGACGGUCAGUGUCAAGACGUUUUUCGACCCCAACAAGUCCUACAUAAUAACCGGCGGACUGGGAGGUCUGGGACUGGAGCUCAUCUCGUGGUUGCAAUACUACGGCGCCCGCAAGUUUGUGGUCACCUCCCGGGGCGGCCUAAACACAGCGUAUCGGAAGUGGAUGCACGCGCGCUUUCGACAGGUGUACGAAAGGGUCAAAUAUUUUCUGUCCGAUUGGGUCGUGUCUACGGCCGACGGGCUGACAAUAGGCGGCGCCCGACAACUGGUGUCGGAGGCCGAGGGGUUGGCACCCAUUGGAGGCGUAUUUAAUUUGGCGCUCGUGUUGAACGACUCGCUACUGGAGUCACAAACGUGCGCUAAGUUUCGCCAAUCGGUGGACACGAAGUACAGGAUAUGCGCCAAUUUGGACGAAAUUACUCGUCGACUGGACUAUAGAGUGGACUAUUUUGUGGUGUUUUCGUCGGUGUCGUGCGGUAAGGGAAACGCCGGCCAAUCGAACUACUCGUACGGCAACUCCAUGUGCGAGAGGCUGUGCGAAGGGCGCCGUAGGGACGGCCACCACGGGCUGGCCGUACAGUACGGGCCCGUCGACGACGUGGGCGCGUACGCCGACGCCGCCGAUCACGCGCUGACUCGCAUGACCACAAUGAGGGCCCAGAGAGUCCACUCGUGUUUCGAUGUUUUGGAUAAACUAUUGGCUAUUAAGCAACCGAUUGUCACGUCAUAUAAAAUUGUUACACAAAUAAAACAAUCAGGCUCAAUCAAAACUCGAAUGGUGGCUGAAUUAUGGCGGGCACUGGGGGUCGACCCGGAUUCCACGCCCGACCACAUAACCCUGGGUGAAAUAGGCCUGGAGUCCAUAUACGCCGUGGAAGUGCAACAGGAGUUUCAAAAGCAAUACAAUACUCACGUGACGUUAAAUCAAAUCAAAAGCAUAACGAUCGGCAUGUUUAAGGAGUACGAAUCGGGCAACAUUACCAAUAUCAAAAAGCACCUGGAGGCUAUAAAACGAGCACGGUCGGUGUUGUUAAAGCAAAAGUUUAUAAUGCCAAGUGAUAAAUAUACGCGACUUAACGCGCUCACCACUGGACACCCGGUAUACUUUAUGCCAACCAUUUUGCUAAACUUCUCGCUCAUCGAGGAGUUGGCGCUGAAAUUAAAUCGACCCGCGAUUGGACUGAAUUGGACCCGCGAGGUGAGCCAAUUGACCACGCUCAAAGCGGUUAAUAAAUAUUAUCGGAACCUUUUGCGUCACAUUGAGCCUACUGCUAAUUACGAUGUGGUUGGCUACCUGGAUUCAAUUAUAUUGUGCACAAAACUAUUGCGAAAAGGAAUGGCAAACAGGGCCGUCAUAUUAGACACGGUAACCAAUUGGCGUUUUCUGGAGGAACAGCCCACCGACGCCUCGGCGCUCGAGUUUAUGGUGAACCUCAUCGGCGACGAGUGGAUGCCGGCGGCCAUCCGGCACCGAGUCGUCCGACAAAUGCGCGCCGAAUCGGACGUCUCGGCGAAGAUAGGCGUCAUUGUGCGCGAGGUAACUGAGGUGACCGGUAGCGCACUGGUAGCCACCGAUAUGGACGAGAUAUUCCGGGUGAUGUACGCGCGCGUACGCAUGCUGUCCGAGUACGGGCGCGCGACUAAGCUGGCUAAACUGAAAAUGAGCAUGGCCAAGGGCUGGGCAAAAAUGAGAUCGUCCAAGUUGACUAUCAUCAAGCCCGUUUUAGGUGAUACUACCGGGGAGGGGGUCAAUGAUAAAUCGUUUGUUGAUUUAUUACUCCCAGAAUCUCAGUUCACAAUUACUCGCAGAGAUGACACUCGCGCUGUGUUUACAUUGCGUUCACUGUCUGUCACACGAAGUGCUAAACAGCUGUUCAUUGUAUCGCGAGUUUAG